GAAAAUUAAUGAGAAAACUUUUGCGUGAUGAGUUCUUCAGGUCAGCGGAGCCUCAUACGGCUGCAACGCAUGAUGGGAUUUCCCGCGCUUGCAUGAAAAAAUCAUUCAUUCCAAGCCCGGGAAAGCGCCAUGUGAAAACAGCUGAACAUCGCUUUGUUUAAGCCUAGAUCUUUCGCCGUUUUUCUUUCUCUCUCCCUCAAUCGUUCCCUUUCGUCGACAUCAAUGAUUACCUUUUAACAGCAGUUAUCAUCAGAGGAUAUAUCAAGCGCGAUCUUCCUUCAAAGAGCCACGAAUUAUGUCUUCCAACCGUCGAGUGUCGAUGCCAGUGAAUGCUGUUCGUCGAAGUCCUCGAAGAAGAACGAAGACUCCAUCAGUGAAUGAACUGUCGAGAAAAUGCAAAAUAAGUCCCAGAGGAAAGAGAAGGCUUGAAUUUCAGCAGGCACCUUUAAAAGGCGAGACAUUCUACUUGGAUCUUCAAGGUUAUAGGAAAGUGCACAGUUUGCAAGCUCGAAUAAAGGAAUUAGGAGGGACUGUUGAAGAAUUCUUAAGCAAGGACAUCAGUUGUGUUGUAACAACCAGUAGAGAUGCCGGCACACGCUGUUCACCCAGAAGUAACUCCACACCAAGUCCCAUCUUGUCGAUUCCAAGUCCGUUUCCUGGGAACACAAAAAGUUCAUCAGCAAAAGGGUCUGCUGUACCAUCUCCAUUGAGUGCUGACUCGGUUGGUGCUGAACAAACAGGCACAGCUGUCCCCAAACAUGACAUGCGUGGCAAAGCACUAGCAGCCCAAGGAGCUAUUACCUACAAGGGUGGAAGCAGUAACGUCAUAGCUAAUGCAACAAACUGGGGUGUAGAAAUUAUGUCACUGGAAAAGAUGUUAAAAAGGUUGGAACAGUAUGGUAGCAUUGAAAAGAAACCAACAUCCAAGCCAUUAGUUUCUGGACGAGUUGCAAAACAGGGUGUCAAGCCCAAGGUGCGAAAGCUGCAUGCCCCAUUUAUCAAGGUGGAGGAUCAUAGUCGUGCUUACAAGCCAUUGGUUCAUGAGUUGAAGGAGUGGCCGAAGAUUUAUUUUGAUGGUCCUCUGGGGAGUUGUCCAUUUGACUCGCCAAAGAAAGACUUGGAAAAUGACCGUCAGGAACAAGCAAAGACUAAAAGGUAAAGAAAAUAGAGCAGUGAAAUGUACUUACUUUAACUCUUUGGUCCAGAAGUGUUAAACAUAUACCUCUUCCCUGUAAACUAAAUCCUAAAUAAGAACCACUCAAGUAAUGAAAGCUAAUUAAGCAAGACCUGGUACUUUUUUAAACCUAACCUUGGAAAGUAGAUCUAACUUGUAGGUCUGAAUAAAAUCCUG